AUGGAGACCAUCAGCAAGGUUGCCAGCGCUGCUGCCGAAACUGCCACCAACGUCGCCGUUGAAGCUUCGAAUCUCGCCGCUCAGGCCUCUAAGGCAGCCGUGAACGCCGUUUAUGGAACUAACCAGUCCCACGAGGAGCCUAUCUCGGGCAAGACGGGCGAUGUCUCCAAGGGAGAGCCCUACGACGCCGGUAACAUGGAACCCAGCGAAAGUACCGGAGUCGCCGUAGGCGAGAAGAUGGUCACUGAUCGCACCGUCAGGCCUACCUCGCCCAAGCUCACCCAGGCAGCUGCCGGACCUGUGAAGGCCGACGGAAGUGAGCCCAAGCCAUCAAACCAGGUUAAGGUGCCAGAGGCCGAGAAGGACCACAGCCCACCAACCGUCAACUCCAGGAUUGACAACCACUACAACAUCCCCGAGCACUCGUCUGUCAACCCCCAGACCAACGCCUACCAGGGCCCUGAUAGUGUUGCCCCCAAGAUGGACGCUCAUUACAAUGUCGCCGUGCCCAAGACCACCGAUAUCAAGGCUCUUGACGACCGUCACGAUUCGUCCCACACUUCCUCCUUCGGGACUGCCGAUAUCAAGCCCAAGGAAACCCACACUUCAUCCUCCGGGACUGCUGAUAUCAAGCCUGUCGAAACCCAGACUUCGAACAUUCCUACCGAGCAGUCCACUACCUUCCAGGACCAGAGCUCUUCCAAGCACAAUGUGCCCAAGGUCAGCCCUGCCGCUACCCAGGACUCUUCUCGUCAGACUGGCGACAGCACUCAGGCCCAGAACGACAUUCGUUCCCCGAAUGACCCUUCUACGCACCCCACUCACGUCAACGCGAGGGAGAACGUCGAUGACCGUGAUGGUGGUUUGGAUGCCAGCAAGAACCCCAACAAGGACCUUGGCUCUGGCCCCAAGCCUCUAGUCGAAGUUGCCAAGCAGCACGGCGGAGAUGCUGGUAAGGCGGAGAACGUAGGUGUCAAGGAGCCCCAGAACGGCGCCCCCAAGGAGGAGCAGGCCAGCAAUCCCGAGUCCCACCACAUUCACCAUGCUACUGGCUUUGUGGCUGAUGGCGGCGACUUUGACGCGGCGGCUCCCGGAGCUGGUAUCGAGGCUGAUCGUCUUCUCGAGUCUAAGGGAAUCCACAGGGAUAACGCUAAUGGCCCCCUCACUGGUAACACCGAUGCGCUCGACCACCACGACGGCCAUGGACACAAGGAGAAGACCAGCUUGAAGCAGAAGAUCAAGGACAAGUUGCACAAGCACUAA